UUAUUUUUGAUUCUGCUUUCUUCUUUAAUGCUCUCACCCUCUUUUGGGUUAAAUUUUAAUCCACUUUGAUUUUCCUUAAAUUACUAAUGAGCUAAUAUCUUAUUUGUUAUUUAUCCUAGUAUCUAUUGAAGUAUUCAUUGUUGAUUUAUCCUUUAGAUUAAUUUAACUUGGCCUCGAGAAAGGUAAAGAUUGCUUUUUUUGGUGAUAAAGCAAUAAAAAAAAAUUGAUUUGACUGUUUUCUUUAAUUGACUGUUACUUUGGUGGAGUGUGUGUGUGCUUUUCUUAAUUCCAGAAUACUUCCAAGAUGACUAUUCUUUCUAGUAAAAAGGAAAGGCGAGGUGAUUGUAAGACUGGAAAUAAUGGUGAGCCAAAUCUGGAAAAGGAUCAUUUGCCUGGUAAUAUGGGCCAUCCUCACAUAGCUCCUGGUUUACAUCAUCAUGCUUCACCACCAAGAUGGUCCCGUUCAAAUGAUAGGUUUCCUGGUUCUCCCGGAUCCUCAGGAAGUCAAGUGGAAUCUGGAUCAGAUGGUACUCUAAGAUCCACAACAGAUGGUGGUGUGCAUUUAUCUCCUCAUGAUGCUGCUAGUUCCCAUACAUCUCAUUCAUCUCCUAUGAUAGGAGUUGCCCACUCACCUCAUCCAGCUCAUGGUUCUAAAAGAAGGGGACGAGACAUGACUAGAUAUGGUUGUGGUGUUGGUUAUUCCUGCUGCCGUAAUAAUAAAUCUGUCUGUUGCUCGUCCACAGCCCCCCUCAAAAGUCCGAAGACUAGUAUCAAAAAUGGGGUUAAAAGAGACUGCUCGGGUGAUUCUUCGGAAAAUCUUAAUGGAAGCAGAGGUAAUUCUUCAAGUUCUGUUGGUUCUUCAGUUGAUUUGUCUGGUUCCGUAGUUGACCCUGGACCUGUUCCUCAAUCAUCCGAACCUAUUGAUGUUGAGUCUGAUCCAUCUGUUCAAGGCUACAACUCUGGUGAUGAAUAUGACAAAGCAGCCAAUUGGACAGCAGAACAGCUAGAAGAGAUGGAACGACGAUUCGAGAAAAAGAUGAGGAAAAAAGGUUUUAUCAUUAAGAAGAUGGGGGAAGAUGGUGCCUGUUUGUUCCGAGCAGUCGCUGAUCAAGUUUAUGGUGAUCAAGAUAUGCACACCGCUGUAAGAAAAUUAUGUAUGGACUACAUGGCCAAAAAUGCAGACUACUUUUCUCAAUAUGUCACUGAAGACUUCAAGGCUUACAUUCAACGUAAAAGUUUAGACCAUGCCCAUGGUAAUCACGUCGAGAUUCAGGCCUUGUCUGAGAUGUACAACAGACCUAUUGAAGUGUAUCAUUACAAUACCACUCCAAUCAACAUAUUUCAAGGUUGUCAUCAAACAGAAAAUGAACCGAUUCGACUGAGCUACCAUCAAAAUAUUCACUAUAACUCGGUUGUCAACCCGUUCAAACCGACCGUCGGUGUUGGUCUUGGGCUUCCUGCUUAUAAACCUGGAAUCGCAGAGAAAAAUUUGGUGGACAAAGCUUUAAGAAUAUCAGAAGAACAUGAAUUGGAAAAGGCAAUGUUAGAAGAUAAGCUGAGAGCUACUGAUUGGGAGGCAACAAACGAGGCAAUCGAGGAACAAGUUGCCCGUGAAUCAUAUGUUGAAUGGCUGCGGGAAAACGAGAAAAGAGCAAUGAAGAAAAAAUCAAAAUUAACAGCAACAGCAACUGCGACUAGUAAUCAACAACAGAUCUCAUCAAGUCCUUCUCGGUCAAGUCCUAAAGCUAGCUCGAGUGGACUAAAUAAUAACGAUUCUCGUGCACCAAAAGACUUUGGUCUUGUUGAAACUGCAUCUUUUGUAAAUCAAUUCACCCCUCAGUUAUUUGGAAUAUCUGAUUGGGACACAACAGAGGAACAGGAUAUCAUUGCCCGAGUAUUGGCUCAAUCACAGCAAGAAUAUCUUGACUCACUAAAAAGAAAUGUAAAUAAUAACAAUAACAUCACCAACUCGUCAACUUCAAGUACAAGUGUUACUGCAAGUAGCAGUGGUACUACCAGUGGUCCCAAAAUUGUGGCAAAUACUAGUAAAAAUGAUAAUAGUUCCUCAUCUUUGGAUCAACCAUCUUCAAGCAUUAAUUAAAAGUUCUCAUUUCCAAAUCUA